AUGGACCAGUUGAACAUCCCCAUCGUGGCGUUUCCGCCGUUCAAGCUGCGAUCGAGUCUGAUCGACAAGGAUCCCGUCAUAUGGCAGCAUUUAUUGGAGUCGUAUAUCGAGUUGUUUCGCAAGUUGAUUAUCAUUUCCACUACAAAAGGUGUCAAACUGUCUACCAAGAGUCAACAGCAGCUCACAACGUUUAUGAAGGUUUAUUUGGCGGAAACGAGCGAGGAAUCUACCAAGAUCUUUUCUUUGGGUGCAAUCAACCCGGAAAUUGUGAAAAACCAAAAGACUCUCAAGUUGAUAGUAUUUCAGUUCAUCAAGACGUACAACCUGGUGAACCUGAAACUGAGCGGCGAUUCGGUCUGGGACUUUUGCAAAGUGUAUUUGCGAUUGGCGUACGAGAACUCCAACGUGAAUCAAUCGGUGAUCAACGUCAGUUUGGUGCGGAGCCUGGUCCAAGGAACAGUCAAGUCUCGACUGAACUCCAAGUCCGACGACGUUUCGUUGAUAAAGUCGCUGCAGGACUAUUUAAAACUGCGUGUUGGAAACGCCAAGUUCAAUAGAAUCGACCUGGAAACGCUGAGUAUGCUGCUGGGCCAGAAGAUCCGCAGAUCCGGUAGCAACAAGCAGCGAGUGUUUGCCGGCAAAGCACAGCAGGACAAUUUCAGCGAACGGUUUGUGAACGUUUACUGGGUCGAGCUUAUUGAGGAGCUGUACAACAAGGGCGAUUCUCUGCACUCGCAGCAAUGUUUCGAGAUCCUGCUUGUAUCGCUGGUCAGUUUGACAACUGCCAAGGUUGUUCGGCUAGUUAACGACCUGAAAGUUGGUUCGCGGGCAGCGUUUGUGAAGCAAUACCCGCUGACCUCGCGGAUAGUGCUGUCGUCACGGUUCCAGGACAUGAACCCGGAUCUGCGCAAGGAGCUGUUCAAACAGAAGGACAAUUUUGACCAGCACAAGAUCCAGAGCCUGUUGGACGUGUUUCCGCAGCUGACCGAGGGCCAAUGCAAAACACUUUUGAAGAAGUACCACACUGUUGAGCAGGCGAUGAAUAAAGUCCUUGAAGGCGAGGUGGUAGAAGAGUAUAAGGACAAGUCUGCCCGGAAGCCACAGGCGCAAAAGGACGUUCAGUUCGGGAAGAAACAGUUUUCCAUGAAGAUGGACACCGCCACAGAGCAGCGGUUCAAGAAGAAGACUCUGGAGAAUGCAUUGAGACUCUUGUACGAGUCUGACGAGGACGAGCCGGACGACACGUACGACGACCAGGAGCUCACCAAGGGAGCGAAAAGCUCCGAGAAAAACGAGGACUACGAGGAAGACGAGGAGUUCCCGGAGAGCACGAACGGUAAUCGCGAGAAGGACGACUCGAUGGAGACGUUGGAGCUGAAACUGUUGCAGAUCUUUAAGAGCAACCCUGAGGUUUUUGACCGGAGCUCCAGAUACUCAAACUAUAGAGGACAGCUGAAGAAAGAGACGGGCUGGACCGACGAGCAACUCGAAGGCUGGGCGCGGAUGCUCGAGCGCCAGCCGCGCCGGUUCAAGCUGUUGGAGGAGAAGCUACUGGACACUGGUGGCUCAUUAAACGGAACGCUUUCUCGAACCAAGUAUCAACAGCCUAAGGAACCAGAUACCCCGGACUCGUCGCGGUCGUCAUCACGUCCCCGCCAUGGCCACUCGGGCGGCCGCAACAACCGCAAGACGGGCCACGACCGCAAAAUGGCCAAACAAUUCAACUAA